UCCAACUGUUCACAAAUAUUACCCGCCACCAGUUUGGAAUCCCAGCUGUCUGGACUGCCCCAGCACUCGAGUACAGAACAGUCUGGAGAGACUAAAUCCGACAAUGACCAGGUGAGCACCCCUGCUGUAAUGCUGACCACCUCCAAGGGUCAGGCAACCACGGUGUCUCUUAAGAAGUUCAAAGAGCUACUGAAACACAGGCACCAAAAGACAAGAAAGUCUGCAAAAAGAGAAAACAAAGAGACAGAAUGUGGAAAUGAAAUGGACAAAAGAGGUGAAGGGAAGUUACCAGAACCAAAAAAAGUUGACAGCAAUGAAAAUGUAUCAAGUGAGGUGGAAGGACACACAGUUUUUUCCCAGUCUGUAGAAAGGAAUUCUCCCACUGGACCAGUUGUUGUUGUUGAAAUCCACAAUCAGGAAAACCAAGCAGUGAGCAACCAACCAGAGGAAAAAGACGAAGGACCUAAGAUCAGCACCAAAUAUAACAGCCACAGUGAAUCUAAAAGAAAAAAUGCUGAGGACGGAAUCAAUUUUGAGAACGCAGAAAAUGACAAGGUCAGAGAAAUUGUGUCCAGAAAUUAUGUUGAGCUGGCUCCCUUGGCGACGAUAAAGACAACGGUCGCUUCUCAACAGACAGAUGAGGAUGAAGGCCACAAAGAAGUCACAUGUGGGGUUACCAAAGACUGCAAAGAGGAGCAAACCGAUUCACAGAGAGAGACGAACGAGAUGAAAGAGGACCAAAUCAAAUCCGACGCAAAACCUAAAAUCGGGACCGUUCAAGAGGUGGAAGACAGAACGGAAGAUGAGUAUUUGGAGAUGGAUGUUUUUAAGGAGACUGGUGCUGUUCAGGUCCACCCGACAUUUGGCUUCACAGAUACGGAGGAAAUUAGUGGAGAGGUCCAGGUGGAGGAAGUGGAUGUAGAGAAGGAAGAGUUUAGCGUGAAGGCCAACGAUUCUACAGUGUAUCCUGAUGCUGAAGGUCCUGGUGUCAGAGAAGUGGAUCGAGGGUGUUCUACCGUUGCAUUCAUCGGACGCACCCCCGAUGAUAAUGUCGACGUCCCUCGGGAUGUCAAAAUUGCCGCCGUUGCCCCAAAUGCGGCUGACUUGAUCCUCCCAACCCCUUCGGACUUUGGAUCAUCCCAAAGAAUCACCACCAGGUCCACGAUUAGCUGGGAGUCGGAGGAGGAAGAGGAGGCGGUGGAGGUCGAUGUUCUGGAGUGCUCACCGGGCAUCCAGCCAAGAGUGUGGGAGACUGGGCUUGAGCAAGGCUCCACAGAACUGACUGAAGUAGAUGAGGACUUGGAGGAAGACGAGAUUGACGUGACCGGCGAUGAAACUGGUUGACUGCUGGUAUACUCUUAGGAAUUUGUUCAUCUAGAAUCUGUUCAUAAAAUCUUAAAUUUACGAAGUUGCUGUUAAGAAAUGUAUGUAGAUUAUACAGCACACAGGCUAGCUUUGUAUGUUUCUUUGGCAGCUUUUCUUAUAUGUAACUUAAAAUCUGUUGGAACGCCAACAGAUUUUAAAGGAUGUUCUACAUUUCAAAGACUGUGUUCUUGUGAAGGCUACCAUCCCUAAGAAACCUACCUCUUUAACACCCUUAACUGUCAGUGCAGCCCCAAACUACCACACUGACUUAGAUUAUUUCACUAAAUUGUCAGUUUUGCUUUGUAAAACACCUUGGGUGGGAUUUUUGUUAUUGUACUGUCCCUCCACAAAGUUUAAAAAGAUCUAGACUAGAUUCUUCAAGGAAGUUACUCUUUUGUUACAUUUCAGGCCUAUUGACAGUGUCUGACUAUAAGUGAGAGAUCUAUGAUCAAUUUAACCUUAAAUUAUAAUGAAAAAGGGCACUGGAUCCUAUAUUCUCAAUCCUGAGACUGACAAUAUAAACCCAGAUGUUAAAUGGUUCUUUGUUUCUACCUAAUUUGGUCAGUCAGCGUCCAGUCAGAAGCACUUCAAUGUUUUUAUUAUCUACUUAAUAUCAUGUUUUGACAAGUUCUUUAUUUGUACAUUUUCUGUAAAUGACAACCUUCAAGGGUGUCAUGUAAAUAGAAUAAUUUUGUUUUAUUAAAAUGUUUUUCUCGACCAGCUGUUCAAAAAUAUUUUUCUCUCU